UCUCCACCCCCACUCGAUGUGCUCGGGGCUUGGCCGGCCGAGCUCUCGGGAGCAGCUGCUCCUGCCUGGCGGCGGCCAGGCUGAAGCGAUGCACUGCUUGGCGCGGGCUUUGCGCCGAGUCUCGGGCCCCGUGCGGGGCUGGGGGCAGCAGCGGCUGCAGCGCCUGGGGAGCGGCCCGUGCCCACCCCGGGGAGCCGGCGCCUGGGCCUGGGGGGUCGGUCUGGGUCUCGCGCUGGGGGUUAAGGUGGCGGCCGGCUGCGAGCAGGAGGGGGCCCCGCGGUGCGCGGCGGCGGGAGAGGUGAAGCCGCCGCCCCCCGGGGGCUUCGCCCGGGCCAUCGAGAGCAGCAGAGACCUGCUGCAGAGGAUUAAGGAUGAAGUGGGAGCCCCAGGCAUAGUAAUUGGAGUUUCUGUAGAUGGAAAGGAAGUAUGGUCAGAAGGUCUGGGUUAUGCUGAUGUAGAGAACCGUGUAAUCUGUAAACCAGAGACAAUCAUGCGAAUUGCUAGUAUUAGCAAGUGUCUUACAAUGAUGGCUGUUGCUAAACUGUGGGAAGAAGGAAAAUUGGAUUUAGAUGCUCCAGUGCAGAAAUAUGUUCCUGAGUUUCCAGAAAAAGAAUAUGAAGGUGAAAAGGUCACCAUUACUACAAGAUUGUUAGUUUCACAUUUAAGUGGAAUUCGUCACUAUGAGAAAGAUAUUACAAAAGUAAAGGAACAGAAGGAAAAAGCCAACAAAGCCCUUAAACUAAUGGAAGAUGUAAAAAAAUCUAACCAGGAGAAGGAACUGAAAGAAAAAGAAGAUAAAGACACGGAAAGAAAUGACUUUCCUAAAGCUAAGUCAGAACAGGAUGGUGAAGCUAAAGGCCGAAAUUUAAAACCUGUCAAGAAAACAAAGGAAUUUGAACAUGAAGAGUAUUAUUUGAAAGAAAAAUUUGAAAAUGUGAUUGAUUCACUGAAAAUAUUUAAAAAUGAUCCUUUAUUCUUUAAACCAGGAAGCCAGUUUUUGUAUUCGACUUAUGGCUUUACCCUUCUGAGUGCUGUGGUGGAGAGAGUUUCAGGAUGUAAAUUUACAGACUACAUGCUGAAAAUGUUUCAUGACUUGGAUAUGCUGGCAACUGUCUUGGAUGACAAUGAAUCAAUGAUAUACAAUAGAGCAAGGUGUUAUGUUUGCAACAAAAAAGGACGGCUCGUAAAUGCACCCUAUGUGGACAACUCCUACAAGUGGGCUGGUGGCGGCUUUCUUUCUUCAGCAGGUGACCUCCUGAAAUUUGGAAAUGCCUUGUUGUACAGUUAUCAAGUUGGACAGUUUAAAAACAGUGCCAAUAAACUUCUUCCUGGCUACCUCAAACCAGACACUAUUACAAUGAUGUGGACCCCAGUGCCAAACACUGAGGCAUCAUGGGAUAAGGAUGGUAAAUAUGCAAUGGGUUGGGUUGUUGUGGAGAAACAGCAAGAAUAUGGUUUUUGCAGACAGCAGCGACACUACAUCUCCCAUACUGGUGGAGCAGUUGGUGCAAGCAGUGUCCUGCUUAUUCUUCCUGAAGAGUUGGACUCUGAGGUUAUAAACAGUGGGUUAGUGACACCUCCCAGAGGAGUAGUUGUUAACAUUAUUUGUAAUAUGCAGUCAGUUUCCCUCAACAGCACUGCCUUAAAGAUUGCAAAAGAAUUUGAUAAAGACAAAUUGGCAUGAUACUUUGAUUAAAAUAUAGUGUAGGUCUGAAUAACUGUACUGUUGUAUUGAAAUAGGAACAAAGUUAAAAAAACAACAACAAAAAACAAAGGGUACAUCUGAGCUCCAAGAUUGCUAGGAAUACACAUUUCUGAGAGAAUGUAUCAGGUUGUAAAGAAAUUACCCUAUAUAACUUUUGUUAGUGGUGCUACAUUUUUGUGCAUUUGGAAGUCUUCGCUCAGGGAAGUAGCUAUAUAGUUGCUAACUUAUGGAAAAAGGCAUUCCAAGAGAACAGUUAUUUUGCAAAUCACCAAUGUUGUAGCAAUGUUUUUUUCUUAUCAAGCCAAGGUACUGACCAGUCAAGAUCGAUACAUAUUAUUGUUCACCUUUACCAGAAAGAGGGUGAUGUUUACUCUUGUCUUCUAGACAUUUUCGUAUUAGCAAAUAGUUUCCUUAAAUGUAGUAAAAGUAAGGGAAACUUGUAUAGAAUCAAAUAAUAAGAAAAUGCAAGACUGACUUUUAUUGCCAUGUUAUAUUUUUCAAUUCAUGCUGACCAAAGUUGUGUUCACAAGUAUUUUUGAACAGUCACUUUAAAAAUAGAGAUUUUGCUUUUUAAAAAACAUUGAAUACAAAGUUUUGUACUUCUGUCCAAAAACAAACCCCACUGAAAUUAAACUGAAGUUGCUCCCAGGCUGAGGAUGACUGUACACUAGAUUUCAUCAGAAGCAUGUUUUUAGCAGAGUUGUAACUCUCAAGUUCCUGUUCAAAAUUAGAAAAGGAUGAAACUUAACAUGGUGAGUUAAGCUGGUCUUUCAUCUUUUAGAGGACUGCUUUUCUAUUUUAACUGGGCACAAAACAAAUGAGUGAAGCCAGCCUUCUGGCCCAGUGGUAUUCCUUUACUCUUGUGUUGGAUCAGAAUUAAAAUAUUCUAUAUAAUGAGCAAAAUCAAGAGAGAUUACUCUUGAAUUCAAUAUCAAAAUUCCCAUUGACUUCAAGAGGAGCAAGAUCACACCUAGAGUAUCUCUCACUUCCCAAUUCAGAAGCCGUGCAGACAACUCUGCUCAACAGUAAUCCCCUCCGGAUGAGCAAGAAAUGAUGCUGAGAGCUUUCCAAAGGAAAUCUCAUCUCUUUGCUGUAGAGGCACAAGGAAUAUUGAAUCAAGGAUCCAGCACCUAAGGGUGCUCCGUAAUGGCUGUGGAGGUUCUCUUCUCUUUUUCUCUAUCCAGAGGGACACUAAAGAAAAUUAGCUAAAUUAUGUCUGCUUAGUAUUUAGUCAUCCUUCACUUAAAAAUAAUCUACAUUAUUUCAGAGUCCCCUUUAAGCUAGUUUUGACUUGAAUAUCUUCAGUAUGGGCAAUUAUGUUUUUUUUGGCAGAUUAUUCUAUUGUUUAAUUAAAAGGGUUACAAAAGGCUUCCUACUACUUUAUUUUUUUCUUAAUUUUAAAUAAUUUUGGUUAUACUUCAUAACAAAAACUUGUCUAAAAUUCCCAUAAAACCUUGUAGACAAGGACAUAUUUUAUGUAUCUCCUUACCACCUUUUUCUGUUGUUUUUACAUGAUCAUUUUUUAAUCCAAUUUUUUGUACUGCAGAUGUGUCAAGUUCUUGGUUUCCCCUACUAAUUUAACAUAUUUAGCUCAGAUUGAGUUUCUUGGAGUGCAAGAACUGCUUAAAUAAUCUAUUAACUUUGUUCCUUUCAUGUGCAUCUUUUGGUUAAACUUGUCACCAGCAAAACAAUUUUUGAUACUGGCUUUGUUAGAGUGACCAUGUCUUCCUCGUUCAGUGAUGAAGCUGUUGUGUGCCCUCUAUUAAAAAAAAAAAAAAAUCAAUAAUUUUACAAGAACUGUGAAAGUUUUAUCAUUUAAUAUAUACACUUACUGAACUUUGAGCAAAUGGAAA